AUAAACCCCAGAGUUUCUGUCUAAACAUCAGAAUGAGGGUGUUUUUGUUUCUGCUGCUGUUGCGCUGUGCACCAUUCCAUGCAGAAAAAGACAGCCAGCCCAACAUCUGGACUGAGAUGAGGGAUAUGAGAGAUAUGAUGGUAGAGCUGAAAGUCAAGAUGGAUAUGCUGAUGAAAGAGAAUGCAGGGUUGGUUGAACGACUAAAGAUCAGUGAAGCCCAACUGGCAGAGUUAAAGAACGAGAAAACAGAAACCCCAAAGGUGGCAUUUUCCGCUAAUUUAGGGCACCGUGGUGACUUAGGUCCUUAUAAUACUGAGAUCACACUGACGUUCAAUAACAUCUUCACCAAUAUUGGCAACAGCUACAAUCCGACAACAGGUAUCUUCACAGCACCAGUUAAAGGAGUUUACUUCUUCAGAUUCACUGUAUGUGGUGCGCAAAGCUCACAGUCUUUAGGUGGAUUUUUGUAUAAGAAUAAUGAGAUGAUUGUGUCAGUAGGUCAGUGGCGUAGCCACAAUCAGCACAGAUAUGCAUCAAACGCAGCUGUCCUACAGUUAGAAGUGGGUGAUGUAGUUAGCAUGAAACUUCUUCCAGGUUACACCAUCUAUGACAGUCUCAGCUCUUUUAGUGGAUUCCUCAUUUAUCCAUUAUACUAAUUAUAUUACAUUUUACAUUGUCAUAGCUGGAACAAAUUUGAAACAAUUUGCAUAAAAAAAUAUUUUAUGGGACAUGGAGCAAAAAUUAAAUAAAGUUUAGUUUCACGUGUGCACGCCAAAUUAAACGCACGUGAAACUAUCGCGUGCGCAUGCAAAACUAAACUUUUGAUUUUUUUACUCCAAUGUUAUGAAUUAUGAGUUAGGAAACUACCGAGCCCCUAAGGUGACAUUGGAGUAAAAAAUCUAAACUUUCAUGUGCUCACGCGAAACCUUCAUGUGGACUUUUUUUUAAAGUUUAGUUUCGCGUGCUCACAUAAAACUUUUGCAUGCACACAUGAAACUAUCACGCGAAAGUUUCACGUGAGCAUGCGAUAGUUUCAUGUGCGCACGCGAAACUAAACUCAAUAGUUUCACGUGCGCACUCGAUAGUUUCACGUGCGCACGCGUAACUAAACUUUAUUUAAUUUUUGCUCCAUGUCCCCUUAAGAAACUAUCAGGAAUGCUAUUAUCAGUGACUGAAUGGUUCUUUGAGGACCAAAAAUGGUUUUUCAAUGGUAUCGCUAUGAUUCAUCUUGUUCGACGAAUAGUGUGUACCUCAGCUAGUGAAGUUACUGUAUAAGCGCUUUAUAUAACACUUUGUUCAACACUGAGUUCAAUUCAAAACAAUACACUAGGAUUGUGCAAAAACUUGCCAGGUGCUAGUAUAUCUCUCGAAAAAGAUUGAUAGUGGCGGCUAGUGACUGCUCUUCCGUGGGGCGCAAAUUCAAAAUAUGUGUUCGUAGUGUCUUGUGUGUUGCUCGUGUUUUCAAAAUAUGUGUUUGUUGCGUCAUGUAAACCAUGUGCAUCACGUGUUUCGUCAAAAUAAGUGCCUGCUGCACACUCGUCAAAACCGUUUAUGAUAAAAGAGACGCUCACGUUCACAAAAUACACGCAAGACACUCCCUUAACAGUAAACUUUGAUUACGCAUGAGAUUAUGCGAGUAUCUGGCAAACGCGAGCGUCUCUUUUAUCAUAAACCCUUUAGACGCAUCUGCAGCAGGCACUUAUUUUGACAAGACACGUGAUGCACAUAGGUUUACUUGACGCGUCAAACACAUAUUUUGAAAUUACGAACCACACACAUGAUCACUACAUACAUGUUGUGACAAACUUCGCAUCGAAUGCCCUCGAAAAAAGUCACCGGCCGCCACUGCUGGCAAGUUUUUCCCAAAUCUUAAUUGCUUGCCUGUAUCAUUGUUAACCAUUUGUGUUGAUUGGUUUAUCUAGGAGAUUAUGUCAUAAGUGAACUGUCUUUAUACUAAUUUGUUAGGAGAUGCAAGGUGGAAAUGGAAAUUUGAGGAACAGACUGUAAAACUGCACUGUAAAAAAUUUCUGUAGAAAUUACAGUAUUACUGGGUAUUACUGACAACGAGCUGCCAGUAACUUACUGUAGAUUUUACAUUGAUGUUAUCUACUGGCAACAGUUUGUUCAAAGUCAAAUGAAACAUUUUCAGUCUUUAUCUUCUACAGUAAGUUACUGGCAACCAGCUGCAUAAUUACAGCAAAUUUUUAAAGUGUGUGAAUAGUUUCUUAGUUACUUUGCUGCCUUAAAAUUUUUUGUUAAAUUAACUCAGAUUUACAAGUCUUACUUUGGGUGAACUUGAAGCAUGUGGGGGGGCUGAGUGACAUCAUCGCCUUAUUUCAAUGUCAAAUAUUAUAAAAACCGAAGCAGCACAAACGAAAAUUUUACCUGCACAAACCAGCACAAACGAAGCACAAACGUUUAAGACUAUUUUGGGUAAAUUUGGAGCAUGUUGGGGGCUACGUGACCUCAGUAUGACCUAUAAAUGUUCUUUUAAUAUCUAAAAAACCAAAGCAGCACAAACGAAAAUUUUUGCGGCACAAACCAGCACAAACGGAGCACAGGCGAUUGAGCAUAUUUUGCCGACCUUUUGCGUUGGGUGGGGGGCCAACUUCACGCACGUGAUAAACGUUAGUACUGUAAAUUGAAAUGACUUGUAAAUCCGAGUUGAUUCAACAAAAAAUUUUAAGGCAGCAAAGUAUUUUUUACAGUGUGAUAAAAUGUAAAUUUAACAUGUUUCAUUAUUAUAACGUCUUCAAAGAAAAACAUUACAUUCAUUCAAUCCUAUAUUUACAAUCUACAUUACACAGGUUGUUCUUGAAACAUGCUAAUUGUGAUGAUAACAUUUAACAUAAUAUGGUUUGUUGUAGAAAACCAUAACUUGCUGUAAAACUCUUUUAAUGUGCUGUAAAACUUUACAUGGUCUUUUUCACAACAUUGUGCUAAAUUUGUAUGUAAUAUUUACAUAAAGGACUCAUAUAAUUAUUCAUUAAACUCAGUUUAGCUUCA